AUGGCGAGCGUGAACGGAUCAAACUCUAAAUGGCGGAAGGCUCUUGAGGAAUUACCGUCAACUCCAGACAACAUCCCUGCGUUCUUCUUUGCACAUGGCUCUCCUAUGCUCGCGUUCCCAGAGGCGGAUGUACAAAAGGGUCCUGUAAUGCAACAUAUGGGUCCGAAAGGUCCCCUCGCGAUGUUUCUCAAGGACUUCGGUCCUGUGCUUCUCAGGAAGUACAAACCAAGGGGCAUUGUUGUGUUCAGUGCUCACUGGGAGACCGCACCAGAGCGCGUCGUCACCGACUAUGGUGACAAGAAUCCCCUCUUGAUGGAUUACUAUGGUUUCCAGCCUGCGCUGUAUCAGCUGAAGUUCGAUUCCCGUGGAGACUCGUCGCUCGCUCAGCGAGUGGUGCAACUGUACAAAGAGGCCGGUCAACUUGCUCGCACGACGCCGACUUCAGAACCCAGGGGAGAAGAUGGCAGAGGUUUCUCCGGACCCGGCUUAGACCAUGGCGUCUUUGUCCCAUUCAGGUUGAUGUUCGGGGAAGAAUUCCGCGAUGUCCCCAUUGUGCAAGUAUCUAUUGACGGAAGCUUAAGUCCUGAGAAAAACUGGGCUGUGGGCACGGUGGUUGAACAACUCAGACGCGAUGGCAUCCUCGUCUUGUCUGGAGGUUUGGUGGUACACAACUUACGUGACUUUUCGUCAUUCGCGGAAGAAACCGCCCCUGCUCAGGUGAAAGACUUUGACAAGGCGAUUCAUGACGCGAUACUCGUACCGGAUGCAGCAGCUAGGAAAGAAGCUAUGGUCAAGUUAAUUCAGCACCCAGGCUUCCGAGCGGCACAUCCCCGCGCGGACCAUUUCGUGCCGCUUUACGUGGCCGCUGGUGCAGGCGGUGAGGGGAAUGUGAAGGUCCUUUCGGCCGUCUACGGCGUCCCGACAUUCGCAUUUGGGCUUUAG